AUGGACGGCAGCAUGUCGACUGCCACGACAGUGACCGCCACGACAGUGAGCCGGGUAGAUACUAUUGCUGGCAACCUGGACCAGUUCUUCUUAAUAGUGAUGGGCUGCCUAAUCUUUUGUAAGUACUUUAGUGAUCAUACAUUGUAGGUACUUUUCCUCUCAAUUUUCUAUUGAGACCUUUGUCUAGACGAUGUACUACAUGUUCUCUUGACAUUAUUUAAUUGAAGACAGAAGAUAUUUGGACUAAGAGCAAAUUGAUUUAGACUUUCGCCUUAGCCUGUUAAGCAUUGUCGAAAAUCUGUCGAAUCACGCAUGCUUCUCAUAAUGUGAACCUCUAUAUGGGUACCUGCGAAAGUCGAUGUCGUUGCGUGUUUUCCAUUAAAUCGUCUAUUUUUCAGGCGAAAUCGUCGCAUAUCAAGAAGAGUUUUGCGUGGUAACGCUACUAGCAGCUUAACACAACCACAGCAACGACAGAAACGAGAAAGUAAGCAAAACAAAAACUCUGAACGAACAGUACACUUUUUGGCAGGUUUCCCUUACUGUCAUUGCACGACUUACGUUGUCAAACUUGACUGAAAUGGCAAUGCAAUCCUCGCUUUAAUCUGAAAGAUCUUCGCAACUGAUUUCGUCGGAAAUACUCAUACAGAGGCUCCAAUGUGAUAACAUUUUUCAUCUGUUCUGGCCGCAAUUGCACCUUCUCAAUGUAAGAGCAGUAGCGUAUGCCAAUGCUUUUUCUUAAACGAGCCGAAUAUGACGGAUAAAAAAAGAUACCAGCUGGCCCACUUUUAGAAACCUUAACUAGCUGUAGUCAAUCUAUGAGCCCUAGGUGAAACAAAACAUGAAUGUCAAUGAAGAGAUGAAGCUCUUAGGAAACGUUAAUCCUCGUCUACCAUACUGAGAUAGAGAUAUCUGCAACUCAGACUCGGCUGCGGUUAAGGCUUUCAAGUUUUUAAGAUACUAGAGGCUGGCUUACAAUCGUAAAUGAAACAAAAAAGGAAAGAAAGACAAGAAAUAAAAAGAAAAUUAAGUGAGUCUCGCAUUUGCUCAGUUUAGUAAGAGUCAAACUCCGCAAAGGAAAGGAUAAACAUGGUCGAACUCUCAGACAUGUAGACAAGCAAAGUCAAUGAAUGUAUGUGAUUGAGCCCGUUUGAGAUCGAGCUUUCAUUUCCUUUUAUGCUAGUCCAAAGACUAAAAUUCUAGUCUGGCCUUAAGAACUACAACUUGUUCAGUUGUUCUGAGCGUGUAACAACGCUCCUUGCCUUGCACACCCCUUGAAUUUUAUUCUUUAUUAUCUAGGAGUCAAAGUCCAUCGUCCUUUACAAAGGACAUGUGGUCUGCAUUUGUAAACUCUACCAGCUGGUUUUGUUUUUUCUAUAACUGACGUGACUGGUCAGUUUUGAUCAAGAUGUAAACAAAUGAAAUGUCUUUUUAAAUCUUGAUCUAUCUAAGCUUCUUCUCGGUAUACCGAGCUCAGUUUACUUCUUGGUAUUAAAGUUUUGCACCUCGCGAUUUAGGUCGAAGGGAUGGUGUGCAAAAACUGAAGGAGAGAGAGAAGAGAAAGACUCAGUUAACUUGUAUUCGUGGUAAUAUAGAAAAAAGAAAAAAGCUUGUUGUAGAUCAUAACAAAAACAAGUAGUUGGCGUUUAAUAUAUUUCACUGCUGCUUAAGGAAGGAUUGUAACUAGGAAAACAUAAAAAAAAGGUAGCCUCCCGAAUGCAGAGUGAGGCGUUCUUACAUCAAGAAACACUAAGAACGUUUGCUUAGAAUGCCGUAGAAAACAUCCUUUCCCACGUAACAGAAUUUGUGAUUCCUAAGUUGAUUUAUCGUGAGAGAAGUCCGAUGAUCGCUCACGACAUGAGGCACUGACGCUUCAUCGUUUCUCAAUAGUAACAGCGCAAGUUCUACAUUAGACGAGCGUCUCUGUGGAUAAGCCUGGUGACGUCGCUUUCGUAGCGCGUUUUCCAUCAAAAAGUCGGUUUUUGAACGUCGCAUUUUGUGUAGUAACGCUUCUAGCGCGGAGCUCGAGUAAUAAGCAAAAGAAUAACUCUGAGCGCGCAGAACACUUUUUGGCAGAUUUCUCUCCCCUAUCGCACGAUUAACGUUGUCAAACGUCAUCGGAAUCAGUGGCAAUGCAAUCGACGCUUUAACUACGUUCUAUUAAAGAUCAUCGUUUAAUUUGUCAAUAGCGAUCGUCAAGACUUCGAUUUGGCCUCGGGACGUUUGUGUUCAGGUUAUCUACCAGGGCUCUCCAAAAACGACCGACAAAGCUGGUUCAAACUUGUUUAACACUGAUUUUUCUCGUUUGAAACAAAUUUAAUCAUUUCUGGCGCCACUAAACUAGACUCCUCUUAGUUACAAACUUUAACGUAUAUUCGUGUAUUGUAAAAGAAAGACAAAAAUUAAGAGAUUUUUCGAAGCAGCCUUCUUGAUCUGCCUGUAACUACUACAGCAAUUCUACGAAAGAGUCGUUUGGCAUUACUAGCUGUUCCUGUGCUUCCAAAAUUAGAAAACAUUUUGCAAAACGAAGAACUUUACCUCUGUUGCAUUUUUGUUAGCAGUAAUACAUUUCGGAUGCGUGCAAAGAAUAUUAAUAAAGAGAGAGGAGAUCGCGAGCUACAGCAAGGAAAUGCGGUGAUAUUGAACUUGCGUCAAAAUGAGCGACCUAAUAAGUAUUUACAAUUGGUAAAAGUGUAAGGGUGUGGGAUCUUGUCAACUUCGACUUGAAGAUGUUUAAGUGAGACUCAAUGUAGUUUGACGUUACCGACAGUGACUUGUAGUUCAGUCUUUUACUGAGGUUAUUAGGGCAAAACUUAGACUCAUGAACUUGAAUGGUCAUUCUGAAAGGCAGCAACAAGCAAUGUAUGAUGUUUAACGACAUCCAAUGCACUGUCCGCGACGUGUGUUUACGAGGGUUGAUAGCGGAAAAAUACCGACGCAGAACCAAGUGCGUAAUUAUAGUAUGUUAUCCCACAAAAGUGCUUAUUAAAAUGCAUUUAGGAGUAUGUAGUUGUUGAUCUCUUAAUAUUACUUAAAAUUUACUAUUUUAUUUCGCUAACACCACUUUCAACAACUAUUCGGACUCCACAAGUUAUUUAGAAAACUCAUGUCGCAAUGUCGACGUCAGACUUAUUUUUCUUUCAGGGAUAGCCUAUUCAUCUGCUCUUUCUAAGCAUGCGCACAGAGCAAGGCUUCUGUUGUUUGGUUGGCGUUUAGUGUCGGCGCUUAUUUCGUCAUUCCCAUUCAAAAUUUAAUUUUAUGGACUAGUAAGCAUCAAAAACAAUAAUAUGUUAUUAAGAAAAAUACACUGUUCUUUUAAUUUCCAACGCCUUUCUCGAAAGUUCGGAAAUAUGACAUAAAAUAGGACUUUAUAUCUCUUUAUAAAACCACUUUCCAAACGUAAAAACCUGCAAAACCCGGUAUCGUGACAGCGCCUGAUAUAGUCAAGCUUAAAUAACACUUAAGAGAAUCAAUAGUCUUUGUUUCUUAACAACAUAUGAGAAAUCAAAACGUGCUAGCUGGCAUCGAUUGAACAUUUUUAGAUCUUUUGACCAAUGCAAUGAACGGCGGUUUGCUUUAAAGUCAACAAAAUAACUUCAUAUCCGUUUUUAUGGAGCGUUUUAACUUGGGCUCUUAGUUACGCUACAGGAGUUCCAUUUUUGUUUCUUAAUUGUUUUAUUUGAAUUGAUUGACCUUCGGAACCGCCUCUCUUAUUAGAAUUCUGCUCAAAAAAGACUGUUUUCAUCGAAAAUGGUAACAGGAAAUGCCUUUUUUCAAGGAGAAAAAUCCGUUUACCAGAGACCAUUUUCUCGCCUAGGGGUUCGCUUAUUGCUUAUCUCUAACGCGCUAAGCAAUGCACAACAAUUUUGUAUGAUGCAAUAUUUUUGUCGCGGUUCAUUUCAUUGUUUAAUAGGCACUGGAUAACGAGCGUGUUUGCAUUCCCGUAACAAUAUGAUGUCGCAUAAAUCACGGAAAAUAGAGAGAAAAUAACGUGACUUCCAAUCAUUCAUAACAUUUCGUGUGAAAAAUUGUUAUGUAACUUUGGUAUGGGGGAAUAAUGAAAGGAAACAAAUACCAUGGGCUAGGAAGGAUUUUUCUUUCAAUAUAAACUCGAAAAAAUGAUAAUUAGUAUGUGUAUUUGGUUUACAAUUGGUUUGGUCCGCAUAUUUUUAUGGUCAUACACACCUCCGACCCAACCCAAGACUACUCCUCUUCCUCCAAACAAAACUGAGGAGAUGUCUUUCUCGUAUUCUAGUGAUCUCGCUCAAUAUCGCAUACAGUGAUCAAAAGUUUUAUCAGUUAAGAGUUGUGCUCAGUGAUGAUGCACGAUAUUUGCCUUAACUGAGAUAAAAACAAAUGACGUUGGUAACUAAACAAUAGGGAGCUUUUAUAAGGAGAAUGUUUCUGAAAAAAUGCAUUUGCGUUCUUUCAAUCUUUAUUGGGUUAACUUAAGCCAAUUGUAGCCCGAAUGUCCUGGUUUCAGGCCCGCAUUCAGUACUGUGUGAGCAAAAGUUUCUCUCUUGCAUGGCUUUUAGCGUUAUGCGAAUGCAAGAGAGAAGGCCUCUGCUCGCAAGGUAGCAUCCAAUAAUAGGAAAGAAAAUUCGUCGUCGUGUGUCCACGUCAUCCACGAAACGUCACAUUAGGACUUAGUUUCACUUCGUGGUCUUGCUUUGGAAGUUUCAGAAAUAUACCAAAAAGCGUGAUGCUCGUGCAGAGUUGUUGCUUUGCUUAUUAACUUAAAAGUUACUUCUUUUUUGACUUUCUCGUUGCCGUCGUCGUGAUAGUUGCUUAAGCUCCCAAAUGACAUGACAGCAUCAACCACUUUAGAAACCAGUACAGUGUCCCAGUCACCGAAAGUAGAGUCAAUGGGCGCUUUCAAUUCAACCAAAAACUCUCGAAUUGUCGAUUGGUACAACAAAUGGAACGGACCAUUUCGGUUUCGUUUGACCGGUAUAUUCGGGACCAGCUUUGAAGGUGGUCCACUUUUACCGGUCUCUUUCCAUUUGACAAAAUUGUUGUCCCAGUACCGCUCUUUUGUACCAUGCUUACAAGAACAAUAACCAAACGCGCAGCCUUCGAAAACAGCCGCUCUGAGCAGGUGGAAUUUUUAACAUUUCAAACCGGAAUUUUUGUUAAAUGGAAAGCGCCCUGUGAUAUUAAAUACCUUUACCAAGAUUGAUUUGAGAAGAGUUGGAUGAAAAUAUGUUGAAGGAAACUUGUCAAUAACCUUCUAGAACGUUCGUGUAAUUAAAAGGGUGUUAUCCUGGUAACAAAGACAAACGCUGUGAUUCGUCGGAUUUCUGCAAGCCAUUUACUCGCUUGUAUGUAGAUAUUGGGGCCGGGCCGGCUGAAAUUGGCCUCAGCUGUUGCGGUGUCCCUGAGGACCCCCUUCUUCAGUUUAAUUACGUUGUAUGUAUUUUAUUUUGGUUCUUCGGCGAAGCUUAUAAAAUAAAAUAAAAAUAAGUGGAUUUCCGAACACCAUUAAACGCCCAAAGUCCGCUUACAUGACAGACCCAGUUUUUUUGCGAUCAAUCAACAGGGGAUAUCUCAAAUUAAUCAGUUGAGGAAAACGUGAAUGUCUGCUACCAUCGUCUCCUCUAAUAGGGUAGGGCUUCUGAGAGGCCAGCGGCAGAUGCUCAGCAAAAAUUGACUCAAGUAGCCCCAGGGAUAGCUAGAUGCUUUCCCGCAUGGUUGAGGACCCGAUGGAAAUGGAACAUAGCAAAAUAUCUAUAAAUAGGGGGGAUAAACCCUUUUUCCACUUACUAACUGACAAAUGUAACAAACUAAGCAGUGGCUCGCGCGCACUAACAAAAUGCCUUUAACUAUCGGCUAAGGGAAAAUCAAAUUAACAGUCAUCUUCAUCUUGCAGUUAUGCAGGCGGGGUUUGCUUUCCUCGAGGCCGGCUCAGUGAGAUCAAAAAACACAACAAACAUCCUCAUCAAGAACGUCUUGGAUGUCUGUAAGUAAUUUAUUUGUCAGUGGUGAUUUUUGAACAGAAAAAAAAACCUUUUUUAAAAAAAGUCAUUAGAUUUAAAAAGUCUCAUAUGCCACCACAGUCACUACAAGAGUAACUGAAUAAGCCAUUCCAGAGUUGCCCAUGCAACCCUUUGUUUCAAAACGAGGCUAAGUGCAAAGCCUUUGAUAUGAAAAUUACCGGUAUGUCUUUUUUUCCUAACCAGUGAAAGCCCUUUUCACAAGAAAAGUUUUGCACUUGGCCUCGCUUUGAAAGUGAGAUUGCUGGAACUCGGAAAUGGCCUAUUUAGAUCAUAAGACAACGGGGAUUAUUGUUAGUGUUAUUAUUAUUAUUAUUAUUAUUAUUAUUAUUAUUAUUAUUUUUACACAGCCCUAUGAUAAAUUCUUUCAGAUGAGUGUCAAGGAAAACGUUCGUAAAUGAAAGUGAUGAAUGUUUCUUAAACAAGUUCUUUUUCAUUUUUACAGUCUUGGGUGCCAUCGUGUACUGGCUGUUCGGCUACGCGUUUGCCUUUGGAGCAGAUGGCAAUGGUUUCAUCGGUCACGAAUAUUUUGCUCUGUCUUACUUGCCUUCUAGGACGUUCUUUCAUUGGUUUUUCCAUUUUGUGUUUGCGGCUACAGCGGCAACUAUUGUCAGCGGUGCUAUGGCUGAGAGAACUGAGUUCAAGGCUUACCUCGUGUACUCUGUAUUUCUGACUGGUCAGUUAUAGUCAUGUUACUACACGUACGAACCAAUACAUAGCUUAAAGAUAAAUGUGCACUGGUCGGUGUAUUACGAAGAGCAUAACAAGAGGAAAACAUUAGUUUUAGUUUCGCGUAGGGAUGUCUUGAAACGUUCCGGGCCAAAUUGUAAGAAAAGUCAAGCAUGUGAUUGUUAGUAAGGGGUUUGAAGUCAAGACCGUUGAAUGCAAAUGAAGACAAAUUAAAGACCCAUUCACAGGGUUAGUCUCCAACUAAGCAGAGAACAUGAUCAUCCAUUUUCAGCUUUGAGAAAACCCGGCUUUACAAUAGCGUGUCCGAUCUAGGUGCUGAACAAAUAUUUCAAUGAAUUAUCAUGUUUGCAAACAUUUCUUUCACGUCGCAUCAAAUACAACAGUGAGUGAAUGAGAAAAAAGUGCCUUAUUUCUAAUUAAAUCCCGCUUUCUUGAAGUUGUAACCACACCCUCUCCCCCGGAACUGCACUUCUUAAACCAGGCUCAAGUAAAAGGAAACGAAAUGCACGCCAACUCAAUUUUUAUUUUUGAAGGUUUCCUGUACCCGAUAGUCGCUCACUGGGCCUGGGAUGGUAACGGCUGGCUGUACAAAGGCGUGACAUACGAAGACGGAGGAGCCAUCACUUACCAGGUAAGCCUUUCAUAGCACUUCAAUGAUCGGUUACAAAUUUCUCCCCGGCUUAUCAAUGCCUAAUUAAUCAGUUCAACAAUGAGCAUAUAAAGUCGAUGGUACCUAACGAAAUUCUCGCAUUCACAUAAAACGAAUUUGGACUCUACUGUUGAGGAGGAAGGCUGAUUCCUGACCAAACGGCUGCGCAGAAACUAAUCCGGUGUAUGUGUCCUCUGGUUGGGAAAAACACGAAAUUAAAAACGCUAUUGGAGCGAGAAAGAAAAUUUCGGAGGAGACAAGACUCGGGAAUGCUUUUCCUCUCCCUGUAAUCUUCCCCCUCACUCCUUGUUUUACCGAACUUUCGUGAUUCCUCUCCCACGCUAUCCUUUAUUUGACAGCUUAUUUUUCGGGAUAAUAUAUUGCAAUGCAGGUUGAGGGCAGCAAUCGAAAAUCGCGAAUGCGCACGUCCUAAGAUCUAUAAGUAGCAGAACUGACACUACGUACAUAAAACAUAGACUUUGCAAGACGUCAACGAUGAUGAAAGAAAAAACUUCUACAAAACGCGGUUGUAGCUGUAGUGACUUUAAGUGACCAAUUGAGGGGUUGGUCCAUGGGUCCUGGGAGUCUGUCCUGUGUACUUUGCCAGAUCCUGUAAAAGCUAAGCCGUCUUUAGGGCGACUUUUCCCGGUGCCCUCUAGAUGAGAGACUUGUACAAGUGCUGUGGGCACUGCGCCAACCUUACCCCCUGUCACCUUGCAAUAUCUCCAACCCCGAUCCAAUACCUUUCUGUAAGAGCUAAGCCGUCUUUGGGGCGACAUCUCCUGGGAGCCCAUUGGUGAUAGACUUGUUCUAGUGCCGUCGACACUGCGCCACCCUUACCCAUUCUCUCUUUGCAAGAUCCUCCCCCCUCCAACUCCUCCCGAUCCGCUUCGUUUAUUGCAGUUGAGAACAUCGCUUUUGCGUCUCUAUAGGACUUUGCUGGAAGUGGCGUUGUUCAUGCACUCGGUGGGACAGUUGCCUUGGUAGGUGCAGCUAUUGUUGGUCCAAGAAUUGGUCGAUUUGUUAACGGAGAACCUCAGCUGUUGUCUGGCCAUACCGUACCGGUAAGUCAAAACUAGUCCCAUUUCCUUUCCUCUGAAAAUAAGCGCCUGUCCAUUUUCUGACGGAAAAUCCUUGGGGCAGGGCUGUCACUAAGAGCCGGGGGCCGGGGAUUUUCCCCGGUUACUAUGAGCGUGAGCCCCGGCUACUUUCAUAGGAAACAAAAGGAAAAGGACCAAAAGAAGUUCCUAGCUGUACAAUUCCCCUUCUACUAUGUGCAUAUACCCGGCAACUUGAAGUUUUUAGCGACAGCCCUGCUUGGGGACAUAGUUGUAUUUCAAGAAAACAGAUGACGUUUUGUCUGAAGAACCACUCAGAGCGAGUGAUGACCUAUAAAACUUUCGAAUGGAGUUCUCUAUGAAUGAGACUGUACAGCUGAAGUUUUAAAAAUGGCAGAAAAUGGCAAUACUUUAGAUUCCAUCAAUAGGCUGAAACCUAAAAUCACUUCUAACACAGCACACUGACAACAAAGAUAGGGAAGUGCAGAGUCUGAGUACAAUUUAAAUCAAGGAUAAGGAUCGGAGUUAAACUCUGCUUUUGCCUGAAUCAAAGAUCAAGAACAUGUACGCAUUGUAGUCGUUGCGUUUCUCGUUUUGUUGCUUUACUAGUUUUAAAAAUAAGAUUUAGCAUAAUCACACUUCACUUUUGGAAGAAAAUACUCAUAUCACAACUGGAGCGCAGCCCAUAACCCAAUGGGCUCCUGACGUGGAGGAAUAAGUCAUUAUUGUUUUGUUUCCUUGGUUACAGCAAGCUGCCUUGGGUGGAUUCAUUUUGUUCUUUGGUUUCUUGGCAUUCAAUGGCGGUUCCCAAGCAGCCAUCGCUAGCGCAGGAGAUGCUGACACCGUCGCACUGGCCAUUGUUAAUACCAUUAUCGGAGGUGAGCUUUUAGUUCAAUACUUUUUUGUGCACAUGCUCAUUUAGGACCAUGCUUCUAUUGGCCAUCUUGAGGCCGCGCAUGAGUACUGGGUCGGUUUAUGUUGAAUUGCACUGUGGGACUGUUUUGGGGGAUGAAUUUUGACCCAGGUUUCCGCGCAACCUUGUAAUAGCCAAUAAGAGAAGUGAUAGCCUCCACAAAACAGUGCUAAGGUGCAAUUUGACACAACACCCAUCCCAGUCGUACACGUAACCUCAAAAUUGGUGGUAAGCGCCCUUCUCUCUCCACUCUAAGGUACAGAAAAGAAUACAAGACACCUCAAUUUGCAGCCUCCUCUAUUCUAAAGCCUCUGGUUAGUUUAGAAAUAAAAAAAAUUUUAGUGAGAAACCGCUUUCAAUUUGUAAAACUAAGAGGUACCCCACAUCCUCCAACUUAGUUUCUCUUAAAAUUGCGGAAAUCUUGACUCGUGAGCGUUGUAUGUCUGUAAUGGCAGCCACUCUCUUUGUUUCACAGUACUAUAAUUAAGCUAAGCCUGAAUAAGCAUCCUUAACAAUCAAUAAUGAACUCGGGGAAAAGACCGUAACUCUGUUACUGUUUUCGCCAAAAUGUGUUAUGGACAUCCCCUUCUCAUUGCUCUUAAGCAUGGUAUUCUCUUAAAACUGCAAUAACGAUUGAUCGCCGCCGAAGCUAGCGCUUUGCAUCCUUAUCCUCAGAAAUCCCUUCUAGAUGCUAUGCGUCCAGUUUUUUUUCCCAGUGCAGGUGAUAACCGGUCAAUUAUGAAACAGAUCUCGGCCUUUAUUGGUCGGAUCGGUUUUUAAUCGAAAGCGUGUCGAAUGCGUUUCGUGAGUUAAGCGCCUUUAACGCGUUACUCCUCAUCUUCCUUCCGAACCUAGUGUAAAGGCAUGGCAAUGUUAGCGAACAGGAUGCCCAUAUAUAAACAUCACAGUUUUUGACUAAUCCUAGGCUUUAGUUCCUCUUUUUAAUCCCAUGUAAGGGAAUCCAAGACAGACUUGGAUUCUGGAUUACACAUUGUGGAUUCCGGAGUCCAGGUACUGAAUUCUGAAUUCUUUGUCAGUGGUACUUGGAUUCCGGAUUCCAGUCGUUAGUGGAAUUCCGGAUUCCACAUGCAAACAUUUUCCGGAUUCAGGAUUCCACGAGCAAAGGUUUUUCGGAUUCAGCAUUCUGGAUUCUCUUACAUAGGAUGAUCUUUCGUUCAUUGUGGAAAUCGUUACCUUCUGUACAACAAUCCUCUUAACUCCAGCUGCAGUUACUGUCUACAUUUAUUCUUUUUUUCCAUUUUCGUCGGUUGUGAGUGUUACCCUCGUUAAACAGGGCGAUUUUUUUCAUUGCGUAAAUAAAUCACCUAUGUUUAGCGAGUGUUUCACUUACUAAUCGUUAACAUGAUAAGUGCAUUAACAGUCUCUUUAUGCGGGAAGCCAAUGACUUAAUCAACUCAGAAAAAUAAUCCAAACUUUGUGUAUUUGGAUAAUUGAUGAGGUUGAAGAAUGAUUCCUUUUUAUUGCAUUUUAGGAGCCGCUGGUGCCAUCACUGCCAUGAUUAUCAAGCGUUUGGGAUAUGCAGAAAAGUACUGGAGUUUGUUGUUUACAAUCAAUGGAGGACUGACUGGAAUGGUGAGAAAGAGAAUCAGAAUCAGCUUUUUUGGCAGGUUUCAGUUUGGAUUGCUGUUUUUUGUGAUUGGUUGACAUAUUUCGCGCCAUGAAGUAAGAUCAUCCCGGCAAAACUAGUCGUGACUUCAGUGUGCUCGUUGUGCGCACGUACGUUUUCUCGCGCUGCAUACGAGUCGUCCUCGCGCAUUUAUUUCGAUUUGGUAUUGUAUUAUAGCCGUAGUUAGUCUUUACAAAAGAGAAUGAGCUUAUUAUGUUUUUGUUUGUAGCUGUUUGUAUAGUGAACAGAGCCGAAUUGCCUCUCUAAAAAACCUUUCAAUGAAACUGCUAUGAUUUGCCGCAUACUUUGUUAGCUUCACUUGAGUACUGUCUCCACUCAGUUUUCGCCAUGCAAAUGCUCGGGUAGCUAACACAAUAAAACGAUAAAAACACGUUACAGUAAGGUUUUGUGAUUGGUGGAGACUUCUGGAGACUGAGGUGGCUCGAACGUUUUAAGCUAAUUAUGGCAGCAAAGCUGACACUGCAAAAAAACAAACAAACAAGCAAACAAUCACGACACCUUUUAAUGAAGCCACUCUCGAUUCGAUCGUUAUUUUGUAGGUUGCUUUGUGCGCAGGUUGCAACGUUGUUCAUCCCUAUGCUGCGUUUGUCAUUGGUAUUAUCGCCGGAAUAGCAUAUGUUGCAUGGAGUACACUUGUCGUCAAGCUAAAGAUCGAUGAUCCACUAGACGCUGUAGCAGGUAAGAAGAACAGCAAAGAUGAUGAGCAGGUAUUGGAUUCGGUUUUGGUAUGAUAUGAAGAAUUAAGCAGAUCCCGAUGGAUGUUAUACGCCUCGGUCGAUCUGCAUAAUGCAUCAGUCAGUUCAAACUUCCCCCCCGACCCCUGCGACUUGGCGGGGAAUUUGAGAUUGGCCGCGUGUUAAAUCACCGCUAAUUUCCCGGCUCCCCAGGGCCGAAUAGUUUGUUACAGGCCCCGUACAGCGGGGCAUCAGUAGGUCAUGAACAAUAAACACGACUCAGUUCGGAUUUACAGUAUCCUUAAGACCUGAAACAGUGCCAUGGAACUAAUUCUGCUUAUUUUGAAAAUGGCUUCUGGUUAUCUCCUGACCACCUUCCUUUACGAGAGGUGCAGAGCAAAUCGGAGCCGCACGAUGUUCACAUGGUGAUGUGCAUGUCCAAAUGUUGUUGCCUUUAUUCGAACAGUUACUGAGUUUAUACCUCCCUAUACGUGCAUGCACUUACAUUUCCGUUUUCCGUGUACCUAUGAAAAUACAUGUCACUUUAUCAGAACACUGCAUUCACUCAGCUGCUUCGGCUCCUGCUGCUAUAGGUUAGUCUUGUCACUGCAAGGGCCACUUUUCGAAUACUCUUCACAGCCCAAUUUUUAGCAGAAUCUCAUCAAGCUGAAAUCAGUGAAAGAGAUAUUUAUAGUAAAAUAUUUCGUAAUCGCCUUCUCUUUCUUUCGUUUUUGCACAUAUCAAGACUCAGCAACGUUCGUCAAUCACUCAGCUAUAAGUUGUCGAGCUCCAGUCAGGCAAACGUAACAACGUGUUAAACUGAGCAAAUCUUAAAUUAUAUCAGUUUAGUUGUUUGUAACGUAAGCACAGCUUUGCAAGUUAUUUUUGAAAUUAACGUCACAUCACAUUAUUUUUUGACAUUGUCUCUGUCUUGGUGAUUUUUUGCAACAUUUUCCGUUAGAUACUUCUGAAUAUUCUUGCGAGGUGCUACCUUGCUCCAAAUUGGAGCCGCACGAUGUUCAUGUGGUGAAGUGCAUAUCCAAAUGUUUUUGUCUUUAUUCGAACAGUUGCUGCGUUUAUACCUGCCCUAUAAGUGCAUGCGCUUACAUUUCCGAGCACCUAUAAAAAUGCCUGUCACUUUAUUAGAACACUGCAUACUCCCAGCAAGGUUUAAAAAUACAAUGAUAGAGCUUCUGAAGACUUCUACAGAUCAACAAAUCUCAAAGGGAGUUGAUGCCCUCAAACAACUGUUUCUGAAGAAAAGAAGGAUACGGUUCCCCGUUGCUGUCCCCGCUUUCAAAUAUGUGCGCGUUAAAUCCCCGCUUAUGACCCGGGUGGAACAAGCAUCUUGUUAAUUCCACCGCCCCCCCGCCCCCCCGGAGGACAUCACGUUGUUAAAUGUGUGUUAAAUCCCCGCAUUAGCUGCGUUAAAUCCCCGCUAUCUCCCGCUAUGCCGCGGGGGUCGGGGGACGGGGUUUCAAUUGACUGAUGCAUAAUUCUUCAUAUCAUACGAAGUCCAAUCCAAUAAUGCACCAAACUUAUUUAUGCUUUCUCGAUCAAUGUUAAGUUACCGUCUUCAAAACAUUCCUACUCCUCAGCAGUUUUUUGAUAUAAAGGGAUGCUUGGUUUAACAGAUAUUCUUCAAAUAACAGUUGCCUUAAACGAUCAAAACAGUUAAGCUUCCGCGCCUUCUGCUGCCCUUUAUCAAUCCUUUUCUACAUCCUAUCACUGAUCAUUCGUAUUCAUGACGAACGUAGGAGCUGAGGACUCGUAGAGUUCAGGAUCUCAAAUAUUUUCCAAAUUUGGUCGGCAGUAGCUGGUUACAAGAAUUGGCCGAGGGAUUUAAUCCAGUCAGAAACAGAGAAAUAUUUUGAAUGAAUAAUAAUAGAUCUAUAGACCUUUAUCAUUGGUUAACACAAAUUGAUACUGUUGAAAACAAUAGUUUACUUGGCACAUUAAUAACAAGAGACAUGAAAAAAAAAAAACUUCAUCAGUUCUAGAUACCGAAGGUUUAAACUUUGUUACAAGGAUUCAAAGGAUGCACCAUCGUGUCUAUGAAACAAAAUAUAAGGCUAGCAAAUGAGGUCUUCUUGUUACUUUUUCAAGUCUAGCUGCUUCGGCUCCCGCUGCUAUAGGUGAGUCUUGUCAUUGGAGGGCCACGUUUCGAAUACUCUUCACAGCCCAGUUUUUAGCAGGAUCUCAUCAUUCUCUUUCUUUCGUUUUUGCACAGUUCAUCUCGGUGGUGGAAUCUGGGGAGUCUUGUCUGCGCCCAUCUUCAACAAGGAUUCCGGAAUUCUGUACGAUGGUGGCUUGCUGUCAUUCCGUGGAUUUGGCUGGAACCUGUUGGGUGUGAUUGUCAUCAUGAUCUGGUCAGGUUCUUUGGCUUUUAUCCUGUUUCUCGCAAUGAAUCUUAUUGGGGUACUCCGUGUUGACAAAGACGUUGAACUGAAAGGUAAGUAAUAAUCCUAGUUAAAGAAAUUUUACAUGAAAAUGAAGAGAAGAGGCAAGAGAGAAUGAUCAAUUCUCUCUUGGAGGAGGCUAUUAGUAUAAGUAGUCAUGCGACUUCGAGUUCAAUUUGGCAUCUAUUUGCAAGAAAGUGUGUUAUUCAGAAAGUAUCAAAAUUUGAGCUUUUUGAAAAUCACAUGAGGGGAAAUAAACUCCCAAAUUUAAUGAGAAAAAUAGUAUUUUACUCUUUAGUGAUAAACGUGAAAGAAUUUACUGGAUCAAAAAUUCGUUCCCUAAACAAUCCUACAGUACAAUUCGCUCAAUACAACACGGAUUAGUAUCACUCGCAACCUAGCUCAAACGGGCAAAAAAAGAUUGCGCACCAGAUUGGUUCUUAUGCAUUUAUUUUGUUUGUCAGUCCCUCACAGUGCUCCAUCCUCUGAGAUAUUUGUUUUAUUUUCUUGUUUUUGCACUGUUUACUAAAACCUUCGUUGCUAAAUCACAGUACUUGAAACUAAAAUGAUGCAAUGAUUGCCUCAGGUCUCGAUAUUCCCAAGCACGGUGAGCCCGCGUACCCAUUGGACAGUUAUGGAGAUGGAUGGAGCGAGCAGCCUGACCCAGUAAAGACAAUUCCGGUCGUACACAAGUCCACUUCUCAGCUUAAUUUGGCUCACCUUCAGAAUGGCUCUUCAAACCCUAAAGAAAAAGGAGUAGACGAUCCCGCUGUGAUCGUGCCCGUGGAAUCUCCCAACGCAAACUCAGAUACGGCAUUUUAA